GCUCAGUUCUAAGCGGGAAGUGCGCGCGUCAAGUCAUGGCGCGCACGGAAGUGGUGUUCGCGUUGUGCGUCGCGGUUGUGUGUGUUUCGGCUCAAAGUGAUGUGCCCCUCCGCACCGGGUCCGGUAUCCCUUGCUACGACGAGAUCGGCAGGCCCCAGAAAUGCAUCCCGGCGUUCGAAAACGCGGCGUUCGGGCUGCCGGUGGAGGCGUCGAACACGUGCGGGGAGUACGGGCCGACAGAGUUCUGCGAGCAAACCGGGAGUCACGUGCAGCAGAAGAACAAGACGUGCGAGAUCUGUCAGCCGCGGCAGUAUGACCCCUACUACUUGACCGACUACUCGGAGAACAAGACGUGGUGGCAGUCCGAGACCAUGUUCAAAGGGAUACAAUAUCCCAACGAAGUCAACCUCACCCUUAAGUUGCAUAAAGCAUUCGAUAUAACGUACAUUCGAUUGCUUUUCUGGUCGCCGAGGCCGGAAAGUUUUGCAAUUUAUAAGCGGACCGUUGAAAACGGACCAUGGAUUCCUUAUCAGUAUUACAGUGGGUCCUGCCGAGACACGUACGGACUACCCGAUCAAAAUUUCGCAUACGCAAACGAUACGAAAGCUCAAACAAGAGCAUUCUGCACGUCAGAAUACUCGGAUAUCUCACCGCUGAUCGGCGGUAAUAACGUAUUCAGUACGUUAGAAGGAAGACCUGACAAUAUUCAUUUCGAAACCAGCCCUCCUCUACAGGAAUGGGUGACAGCAACUGAUAUCCUCAUUACUUUGAAUAGAUUGAAUACGUUCGGAGAUGAAGUGUUCGGGGAUCCAGAGGUCCUGAAAUCCUACUUCUAUGCCAUCGCUGAUAUCGCCGUCGGUGCUAGGUGCAAGUGCAACGGUCACGCGAGUGAGUGUGUGGCGACAACUGCGUACGACGGGACGGUGCGGCGAACGUGUCAGUGUCAGCACAACACGGCCGGCCCGGACUGCAACGAAUGCUUGCCCUUCUACAACGACGCCCCUUGGGCCAGAGCCACGUCCUUCAGUGCCCACGAAUGCAAAGCCUGUAACUGUAACGGAUUCUCGAAUCGGUGCUAUUUUGACACGGAGCUUUUCAACCGGACCGGUCAUGGUGGCCACUGUUUGGACUGUCAAGGAAACCGGGCAGGACCGAAUUGCGAACGAUGUCGAGACAAUUUCUACCAACCACGAAAUGACUCAGUUUGCUUCCCAUGCCAUUGUAACGAAAUUGGUUCAAGAAGUUUGCAGUGUAACACAGAGGGAAAAUGUCAGUGUAAACCUGGAGUAACUGGAGACAAAUGCGAUAGAUGUGAUGUCAAUCAUUAUGAUUUCAGUAACCAAGGUUGUAAGAAGUGUGAGUGCUCAGCGGAUGGCUCUUAUAACAACACCCCACAAUGUGACCCUACCACAGGUGUCUGCUUAUGUAAGGAAAACGUAGAGGGGAAACGCUGCCGAAAGUGUAAACCCGGCUAUUUUAAUUUAGAUGCUAACAAUGAUUAUGGUUGUACCCCUUGUUUCUGCUAUGGUCAUUCUUCUGUUUGUCAGUCGGCACCUGGUUAUGCUAAAGUGGAAAUUGAAAGCUCCUUCAUCCGUGGAAAUGAAAAAUGGUCAGUUGAAGAACUCAAUGGACCUACAAGCCCAGCAAUCUAUCACAACAAUUUGCAAGCCAUUGAGGCAUCUGCUCCUGGAUACCUUCCGGUGUAUUUUGUUGCACCAGAUAGAUUUCUGCGUGAUCAAAGAGCCAGUUACAAUCAAGAUCUGGAAUUCAAGUUACGAAUUGGAGAAAAUGCACCAAAACCAACAAUUGAGGAUAUCAUUCUGGAAGGAGGAGGUCUUCGAGUUACGCAAACGAUUUUUGGUCAGGCUAAUCCUCUUCCAUCAGAUUCUGCUUACAAUUAUAAAUUUAGACUCCAUGAACAUCCAGACCAUGGAUGGCAACCUCGCUUGUCAUCUAGAGAUUUCAUCAGUAUCUUAGCAAAUCUGACUGCAGUUAAAAUCAGAGGAACUUACACAGCCCGAGGUGUCGGUUUCCUCGAUGAUGUGAAACUAGACACUGCCAGGCGUGGAGCAGCUGGUUAUCCUGCCACUUGGUUGGAAAUGUGCACUUGUCCAGAUGGUUAUGUAGGAGAGUUUUGUGAGUCUUGCGGUCCUGGUUUCAGGCAUGAGCCUGCCAGUGGAGGUCCAUUUGCCCCUUGUGUGCCAUGUAACUGUAACGGUCAUGCAGAUAUUUGUGAUAACGAAUCAGGUCGUUGUAUCUGUCAACACAAUACUGCAGGUGAUAAUUGUGAGCGCUGUGCACGGGGCUAUUACGGGAAUGCCUUGUCUGGCUCUCCCUAUGGCUGCAAACUUUGUCCUUGUCCAAAUCAAGGAGCUUGUAUUCAAUUAGCCGAUGAAACCAUUGUAUGUCUUGAAUGCCCAAAGGGUUAUGGAGGGCCUCGUUGUGAGCUGUGCAGUGAUGGGUACUAUGGAGACCCAGCGGGGAAAGCGGGUCCAGUCCGAUUAUGCCAGCCUUGUGACUGCAGUCAAAAUGUUGAUGCUAAUGCAAUUGGUAACUGCAACCGAACAACUGGUGAAUGUCUGAAGUGUAUCUAUAACACUGGUGGUCCAACCUGUGCUGAAUGUUUACCAGGAUUUUAUGGUGAUGCCCUUGCCACUCCGAAGGGUGACUGCAAACCAUGCCAGUGCUACAGUCUUGGAACAGUCGAAACUCAAGAUGGACCCCCAGUCUGCGAUCAGUUGACUGGCCAGUGUCAGUGCAAACCUCAUGUUGUUGGAACCAACUGCGACCAAUGUGAAGCAGGAUUUUACAACAUUGGCUCUGGCACGGGUUGUCAGUCUUGUAAUUGUGACCCGAUUGGUUCCUUCAACCAAACCUGUGAUCCUUAUUCUGGUCAAUGCUUGUGUCGUCCUGGUGUGACAGGUCUGCGCUGUGAUGUUUGUCAACCCUACUAUUAUGGAUUCUCCCUCGAGGGCUGUAAACCAUGCGAGUGUGAUAAUAUUGGUUCCUCAAACCUCCAAUGUGAUGCCUUUGGGCAAUGUCCAUGUUACGAAAACGUGGAGGGCCGGCGGUGUGAUCACUGCAAGGAAAACAAGUAUGAUCGCCAGAGAGGCUGUAUCAAUUGUCCUCCUUGUUAUAAUUUAAUUCAAGAUGCCGUCAACAUUCACCGCUCAAAUCUCACCUACCUCGGCAAAGUGCUGUCAGAUAUAGCCAACACUCCAACGAUUAUUGAUGAUCAGGACUUUAAGAAUAAACUACGAGAUGUUUCACAGAGCAUUGACACUCUUUGGAAGGAAACUGGAAGUGGCACUGCUGGAGGCGACGGGGAUAAAACGCUCUCUGAAAAAAUUAGUGAUCUUCAUAAACGUUUAGCAGAUGUCAAAAUUUUGAUGGAUCAAAUAGGCAACUGGACCUUGAAAGCUGGAGUAAUAACAUCUCAGGCUGCUCAGAAUGUCUCUGUGGUUGAAAAGACAAUUGAAAAAGCCGCAAACAUCUUGCAAGAAGCUUCUAACUUUUUACAGACAGAGGGUGCAGCUGCUUUAAGUAAAGCUGUAGAAAGGAGUACAGCAUUUGGUCAACAAAGUGAACUAAUGUCAAAAAUCGCCCGAGAGGCUAGAGUUCUUGUUCAAAAUCAAGAGGAUGAGUUUGAGAAAACCAAGGAGAUUGCUGAAAAAGCGGUGAAUAUUUCUAUGGAAGCCUACGAAACUGCAAAGGAUGCAAUCGGUAAGCAAAAAAAUACAAGUGAUGAGCUGAAGAAAUUAGGAAAUGACUUGUCAUUCACAAAAGAAAAAUUGGACUUGACAAUUAGUGAUACUUCAGACACAAAAAAAUUGGUCGAUGAGGUCCAUACAGAGGCAUUGGCUAUCUAUCGUGAUAUUUAUGCUCUGUCCAUUCCAGACUCUAAUUUUGAAGAUUUAAAAGCAGAGGCCGAAUUAGCCGCCAAAAAAGCCAAAGCACUCAAAGAUAGUGCUGAAGAACUGCUCCUGAACAAUGAUGGAUUCUUGACGGACCUCGGAAAACAGAUUAAAGAGGCUGAAACCACCCUUGGACUUGGCGAAGAACAGCAAAAAAUCACUGAUGAGCUUCUCGCUGAUGCUGACGCAGCCAAAUCCCUGGCUGAGCAAGCUGUGAAGAAGGGAGAUGACACCCUAAAAGAAGCCCAGAACACAUAUAAUACUUUGAAGACAUUCGAUUCAGAAGUUAAAGCAAGUAAAGAGCAAGCCAAGAAAACUCUUCUAACAACAAGCGAAAUUGAGAAAAUAAUCAUUGAGGCUCGGGACAAAUCUGAGACAGCAGCAGCCUCCUUACCCAGCGCGGAACACAAUGCUAACAGCGCCAAAGAUAAUGCUAAACAAGCACAAGAUAAAUUUGCAAAACAGGCUGCUAUUGAUGCUGACCAGAUCAAGAGACGAGCCGAAGAAACUAAACAAGAAGCUGGCAAAUUGCGAGAGGAGGCAGAUAGUUUGUCUGAUCGAGUGGCAGAUACGACCUCUAAAAUUAAUCAGCUAGAAACCAAAGCGAAAGCUCAUCAAAACAUAACAGACGAGGCCAAAAUCAAGGUUGGCCAGGCUAAGACUAAAGGCUCGGAUGCAUUGAAACAAGUAGAAAAAGCUCAGGAAGAGGUUGAUUAUAUAUUGAAAGCCUUGAGCGAUCUUACAGAUAUUGACGAAGAGACUUUGAACAGGUUGGAAACUCGAUUGGCUGCAGCACAAGCAGAAUUUGACAAUGCGAACGUCAAUGAACAGCUGAAAACACUAACAGCUGCUAAAAUUACGCAGACAAAUCUCGUCAAAAGUUACAAAGAUGAAGUUGAAAAAUUAAAGCUGGAUGUUCAUAAUAUUGAUGAGAUUCAGAAAAGCCUUCCUAAGGAUUGCUGGAAAAGAUUUAAGCUAGAACCUUAAAUUCUUAGUUGAUUUUCGAUGUUUAUUUGAACUCAUUUGUGGACUGGUGUGUUCUUUUUACCAAGUUACCUUUGCAUUUUUCCAAUUGUUGUUCUUUCCCCCGAACUCUUGUGUUUAGCUACUUAAGAUUGGACGAAUUUGAUUUAUUCUUGUAAAUGAGCAGGAUUUAGGUGUCUAGGUCAAAACUGGAAGCAGAUAAGUAAUUGCAAUCAAAAAAAAUUUUAUCUCAUUAAGUUUAGUCCCUGAAAAUCUCUUAAUUUUACGGAGAUAGCCUAAUUGGUAUCUUUAGUUUCUGAAACAGCUGAAGUGUAAGUAGAUAAAUUUCUUGCAGAUUGCUUUGUUUCAAAGUUGCCUGCUACAUAUAACUCAGGUAACUUUUGCCGGGAGAAUGUGUAAGUUUUUCAAAGCUUUCAGCGAAUUAUUUUAAAAACAGGUUUUCACAUUAGAUCAAAAAAUUUUCAGACAUUUGUUCUCCCAGGUGAUAAAAUGUUGUACUUACUUUUGAGAUGAGAGCCCCCUGCAAGAAAUAGAUGAAGUUGAAUUGAUUCUUUGCGAAAGGGCUUACAGCCAUCAAAUUAUUCGAAGCGGACAGUUCUUAUUUGUAGGGAUGAACAACUGAGAGAAUCUCUCAUAAAAUUUUACCAAAAGUUGGUUGUAAGAAGAAAUAUACCCCUUUUAUCUCUGGAAAUUUGCUCAGUUGUCCAUCUGUACAAAGAUAAAGUGUCCUUGGCAACUAUGUAAUGUUUCAUUGGGCUAACAAGUAUGACAUAGAUUAUUUUAUCUUUUGUAUGAUUUUUUGUGCCAUUCAUCAACUAAUUUUAAGUUUUAGUCGUUUGAUAUUUGCUUGUUGGUACCUUCUAUGCAAGGAACAGUAUCCCGUAGAAAUUUACUUUGAAAUUCUGCAAACAAUAAGACUGAAUUAAUUCUGCUGAAGAGUAAUAUUUUAGUUUUCAACCGUUUCUUUUAUUACAUUUAAGAAAAAAUCUAUUAGUUUGUAAAUAGAGAUGAAUUAUUGUGCUGAUUUAGUUAUCCAAUUCCUUUUCCACCUCUCCCCAAAGAUUUUUCCGGGAGUUAACAACCAUUUUUGACAGAAUUCUGUUUUAGUUUUCAAUCCUUCCUAAAACAACUUUAGUGUUGAUCGUUAAGUUAAAUUAAGCAACAAAGCUGAGAGUUUUCUUUUUAAUUUGGUUCAGCAUUCUGGAAUCAAAAUGGAGACAGUAAAAUUCAAACGGUCAGUUCUUUGUAGGUUUCAUCUUUCAGAUUAAGGUCGGUUUUUCCAAUUAUAAUCGACAAGAAGAGAUAUACGCUAAUCAUUCUGAUGAAGGCAUCCAGAAUUUAUACUCGUAUUGACAUUUAGUGCGGGUUUUUCCAAGUUUCUGCAGUAGGUAUAAUCUGAGCUUCCCUUAAGUUUUUUUUUAUUGUUGUUUGUUUCUCAUCUCUUUCAUUUUCAAUGUGAGAUGAGCAUCUAGCGAUGCAUUAAAUAAUAUAUAGGGCGAGGGAGGAUUGAAACCUACACGGGUUGAGCAAGGAGCUUCAAAACAUUGAGCUUAUGCCUGGCCCCAGUUUAAGAAUGACCCUUACCUCAAAUUAUUUCCCUUUUGAGUAUGUUUGAGACUCAAAAAAUAGUAUAAUUUUUAUAAUUUUUUGAAUUAGCAGACCCAAGCAUGAAAAAUUUGUUGUAACUUUGUUAUUUUAUCUCAAACCUGUACCAGCUUCUUUACCAUUUUUGCCUCCAGUAAAGUUAGUUUUAAGCAAAAGUAGGUCCGGUAGCCAUAUAGUUUCCUUACAGGAUGAGUAGACAAGGUCUAAAUUGAAAUUCAUUGUCGGGUAUUUUCUUCUUUAAAUUUUAAAUUUUGCAUCAUGUGUAUGUGAAAAUUUUCAAAAUCAACUUCUUGACGAGCGAUCAUCAAAGGUUUUUGACCUCUAUACUUCAAAUGUUCCGCUCCUACAGAAAUGAAAGUCCUCUUGAUUGUACAAUUAACUGUUUAUAUUUUCAAGAAAUAGAAACAACUGUCUCAGAAUUUUAUUCCAAACGUUGCAAGAGACCAUUGAACAUUCCAAUAACAUUUCUGUCCUACAAGUUGAUCUUCAAAAUGUCAAUUGCAUUCUGUUCAAAUGUCUGAUGAGGAGCUUAAAUUACUGACUUGAUUUAGAUUUUGUCUUCUGAUCCAUUGCACUUGGAUCUCAAAAAAUACAUUCUAUUGGUGGAGCUUCAUACGUUUGAUUACAAUCAACUUUAAAAUUCAAGGCCCUGUAUGUACAAUUAGUAUUGUAAUCAGUCAUGAGGCUUUAAUUUAAGAGUUUUAUCACAAAGAAUCUAAAGCAUUGCUGCGUUUGCCUCAAGGGAACACAUAAAAAUUAACAGUAGAGUAGGUAAUGAAGUUUCAACUUUUUUGGAAAGCUGCCAUAAUGAUUAUAAUGUAAUAUAUUAUUUACUACUUUGAAAAAAAAGGAGAAAAAUAAUGGUGAGCCACCAGGCAACUAUUACAAAAAAAAUGUGUAUAUUUUGUAAAUAACACUAGUUUAAUUUAUUGAAUGUAAAUUUUCAUUGUUAAUUUCAUUACUAGGUAAGUAGUCAGUACUUCAAUAGUGCAUUUUCUUUGAUGAUUCCGAAUUUGAAAAUACAUUUUGUCUCAUCAAUAAA